UAGCCAAGGGAAACAAACACACCUGUGACCUGUAUGGGGCCUGCUUUAAGAAUAAUUUCCGUCCCCUCAAAAGUCUGCGCACCGUACAACGCGCAGAUUAGCAAAUUCGUUUUUCGUCUUGUAAACAUUUUUCUGCAAAACCAAACCAAAAUCCCAUCUCCUACAAGUAAUGGUGGUGAAUUGAUGCAUGAAUUCCAAGAAGAAGAAAAAUUCCCAGUAGAUUCAUUGUUAACUGAAACCCUAAAAAAUUCAAUCCAAAAUGGCUGGUGUUUCAGUAGCUGCGGAAUGGCAACUUCAACACGAAAGCUAUUAUCGAAAACCAGAGAUCUAUUCAAUGCAAUGGCAAGUAGAUCUUUCUCGUAACAAAAUUGCUUGUGCUCCUUUUGGUGGUCCAAUCGCUGUUAUUCGUGAUGAUGCUAAAAUUGUUCAACUUCUUGCUGAAUCUGCUUUAAGAAAAUUAAACAUUUACAAUUCAGCUGGAAUUCUUCUUUCAUCAACUAGAUGGGAUCGUCCUGGUGGUCGUUUAAUUGGUAUGUCAUGGACUGAUGAUCAAACUUUAGUUUGUGUUUUUCAGGAUGGAACUGUUUAUAGGUAUAAUAUUCACGGUGAGAUUCAAGAGCCUAAUAUAUCAUUAGGAAGUGAAUUCUUAGAACAGAAUGUUGUUGAAUGUGUGUUUUGGGGUAAUGGCAUGGUUUGUUUAACUGAAGGCUAUCAGAUUUUUUGUAUAUCUGAUUUCAAAAACCCUAAUCCUUGUAAACUUGAGGAUCCUCUUUUAGAAGAUUAUCCACUCUGUAUUGCUGUCAUUGAACCACAGCAUACAAUGUCUGGGAAUGUUGAAGUGCUUUUAGGAGUGAACGAUUAUAUUUUAGUUGUUGAUGAAGAUGGUAUUCAGAAGGUUGGAGAGGGAAUUGGACCUUUACAGAAAAUGGUCUUGACUCAAAACGGGAAGUUCCUUGCAUCAUUUACUCAUGAUGGCCGGCUUCUGGUUACUUCCACUACGGAUUAUAAAGAGAUAUUCAAGUAUGAAUGUGAGUCAGCCUUACCUCCUGAGCAGUUAGCUUGGUGUGGAAUGCAUAGUGUACUUCUCUACUGGGAUGAAAUGCUUUUGGUGGUAGGUCCAUUUGGUGAUCCAGUUCGAUAUCUAUAUGAUGAUCCCAUCAUUCUUAUUCCGGAGUGUGAUGGAGUGAGGGUACUUUCAAAUACCAGCAUGGAAUUCUUACAAUUAGUCCCUGAAUCCACCGUGUCUAUCUUUAGCAUAGCGAGCACAAAACCUCCGGCCUUAUUGUACGAUGCGUUGGAUCUUUUUGACAGGCGAAGUGCCAAGGCGGAUGAUAAUUUGAGAUCAAUUCGCUCCAACCUUCCUGAAGCUGUUGAAGCUUGUAUUGACGCGGCGGGUCAUGAGUUUGAUGUGUCACGGCAACGAACUCUACUUAGGGCUGCCAGCUAUGGUCAAUCCUUUUGCAGCCAUGUUCAACGUGAUCGGUUUCAAGAAAUGUGUAAAACAUUACGGGUGCUAAAUGCUGUGCGCAACUAUGAGAUUGGUGUUCCUCUUAGUAUUCAGCAAUACAAGUUACUAACUGCGCCAGUUCUAAUUGGUCGUCUGAUUAAUGCUCACCAACACCUUUUGGCACUGCGUAUAUCAGAUUACAUUGGCUUGAGCCCGGAGGUGGUUAUAAUGCACUGGGCGUGUGCAAAAAUAACAGCUUCGCCGGCUAUUCAUGAUGCUGCUCUUCUUGAAAUGUUGCUUGAUAAGUUGAAAUUGUGCAAAGGCAUAUCAUAUGCUGCAGUUGCCUCUCAAGCAGAUAAAAGUGGCCGUCGGAAGUUAGCUGCAAUGCUUGUCGAACAUGAACCACGUUCCUCCAAACAGGUUCCUCUUUUGUUAAGCAUAGGAGAGGAAGAUACAGCUUUGAUGAAGGCUACUGAGAGUGGUGAUGCUGACCUUGUUUAUCUUUCCCUCUUCCACAUCUGGCAGAAGAGUCCACCGCUGGGGUUUUUUGGAACGAUACAGGCAAGACCUCUGGCUCGGGAUCUAUUCAUCACAUAUGCGCGGUGUUAUAAACAUGAGUUCCUGAAAGACUUCUUUCUCUCAACUGGACAGCUUCAAGAUGUGGCAGCCGCCUUGAGGUUCGCUUACAAGGUGUAACUCAAUCAAAUGCUUCAGGGUUUGUGAAUUACGGAUCGUUCAAAUCUCUACUAGCAUUAGAAUGAUUAAUAGAUUAAUCUAGUUGCGCCUCCAAAUUAAUCUAAGAAUCAAUCAUAAAUCUUCAAUAUAGUAAAAACAAUCCACAAUGAUUAACUUUAAACUCGAAAUGAACUUGUAAUAAUUGAGCUUCACAAUUAGAACUUUGAAUUCAUCCCUAACAAUCAAAAC